CUUUUCGGCUUCCGUUGACGUCGCCUAAAAACGUUUGACGUCAGUAUAACAACAACCUGUCAUGACAGCUCGAAGAAAGAAAUCUCCAGAACAAUAUUUUAUAUGAGCACUUAUAAAGCCACAUCCACCUGAAUGUGAGAUUCACCCUAAAAGUCUGUGUGCGAUCCAGGGCGGGCAGGACAUUCCGACACCUGCCACCUAGCCAGCCGGAGAGACGGGGAACAGGAUUGGGAAGCAGGGCGAGGCGGGCCCCGCGGAGCCGGUGGAGAAGAUGGCCGGCAGCCCCGAGAAGAGCUCCACCGCGCAGGAGCUGAAGGAGCAGGGGAACCGGCUGUUCCUCUGCCGCAAGUACCAGGAGGCUGCGUCCUGCUACAGCAGAGCCAUCAACCGUAAUCCGUCGGUGGCGGUGUACUACACCAACCGGGCGCUCUGCCACGUGAAGCUGCAGCAGUACGACAAAGCUCUGGCAGACUGCAAGCAUGCGCUGGAGCUGGACAGUCAGUCGGUCAAGGCUCACUUCUUCCUGGGCCAGUGUCACCUGGAGCUGGAGAACUACGACGAGGCCAUCGGCAACCUGCAGAAAGCUUAUAACCUGGCAAAAGAGCAGAGGCUGAAUUUCGGAGAUGACAUCCCGAGCGCGCUGCGCAUCGCCAAGAAGAAACGCUGGAACAGCAUCGAGGAGAAGCGCAUCAACCAGGAGAACGAGCUUCACGCCUACCUGACCAAACUCAUUCUGGCCGAGAAGGAGCGAGAACUUGAAGAAUACAAAGAGAAACAGGAUGACAAUCAAAAUGGAGGCGAUGCUGGAAAAAUUUCAUCUAAACAUGAGAAAUAUUUAAUGGAGAUGGAAGAGCUUUUCUCUCAGGUGGAUGAGAAAAGAAAAAAGCGAGAGAUUCCAGAUUACCUUUGUGGAAAGAUCAGCUUUGAGCUGAUGCGGGAGCCGUGCAUCACGCCCAGCGGCAUCACCUACGACCGCAAAGACAUCGAGGAGCAUCUGCAGCGGGUGGGCCAUUUCGACCCCGUCACCCGGAGCCCCCUGACCCAGGACCAGCUGAUCCCCAACCUGGCCAUGAAGGAAGUGAUCGACGCCUUCAUCCAGGAGAACGGUUGGGUGGAGGACUACUGAAGAGCCCGGCCCGUUUCCCCGUUCAGUUCGACGCUCAGAGCCUGGACGACACCAGACUGUAGAGAAGCAGAACAGCCUCACUGCAGACCACAAACCGGAGAAUCAUUUCUUCUUCUGCAGUAAAUCUUCUCUCUCCGGCUCUGACGCUCAGUGUUAGCUGCCCGCUGCUCCCUUUAAGUUCACUCUUUUCCUCUUCAUCCUCCUCUUCAUCACGUUGUUUUUGGGUCUCAGAUCGGGCGACCAGAUCGCGCUCAGGUUUCUGUUGCGCUCCGCCUGCUUUCUCUCGUUCUCUGAAAGCGCCACAGUCCAGUGUUUCCACCGAUUAUUAACACAGAGGAAGCAAUCAGACUUUUUUCCAUAAAGACGGAGUUUUAUUUUAGCCAAGUAUAUUUUAUGUAAUUCUUCAUGAAAAAUGGACCAUCAGUCACUAAAAUGCCAAAAAGCUGUUGACUCAAAGGAAAAGGGAGCAAGUACCCCUUUCUUCCUGCAGGUGGCGCCUCUUACACACCUGUCCCCGUCACUUUACUGUAAAAAACGUUGAGUAGAUUUAAGUAGAUCUCUUCUCCUUUGCAUAUCAAUCACACCCCGAUGCAGACAAUUAAGAUAAGUUGAAUGUAUGGUUUCUAUAUUUCUUUUUUUAUCAGAACAGUUUAAGGUUUCGGGAAAAACCUCAAACUGGGAGCAGAAGAUGAAUUGUUGCAUUAAAACAAAACAUUUCCACGUUGCUGGAUAUGAGAUGAAACGCCUAAAUGUUUAAACCUGAGAGACAUUCAGCUGUUGCUGCUCUGUCUGUUCCCAGAAGAUGUUUCUGGACGCUAACAUGAGGAGGAUCGCAUCAAGCAUGAAGUGCAUUUCCUUGAACUAGGACAAAUCUUUUCCCUGUCAGAAAGGACUUGAGGUUCAGAUGCACCACUGACCCAACGUCUGCCACUUAAAAUAAUAAAUAAAAACAUGCUGGAAGGGUUAGAACAUCUUUAUCCAUACCUCAGUCCAAGUGUUUGCUGGAUUUACAGCAUUUCUUGUAAUAAAACUGCAAAUACAGAAAAUAGUUUUGUUUAGUUUCUAUUGCAAAUGUCUUUGUA